AAUGAAUCAUUCUGUAUAAAAUUUUUGACCCGGUUCCAAAAUAGAUUCCACAAGUAACCCCAAAAUCCCAAAAUCCCCACUUUCGGUGCGAGUAAUUUGGGAAGCUCCAUCGGGAAAAUGCCGGUGGCCGUUCGUCUGGUGGAGGCCUUGACCCUGAUCACAAUUAUGGGCCUGAUUACCUGCAUUGGUCUCAGCGUGAUUCUGGCCCAAAAGACCCUUAGUAUGACUAUUACAUUCAUUGAGCCUGCAGCGAAUAUUGCCGACAUGGUACUGAUUUUAACCGAGAAAGUACUGGUGUCCUCGCUACUCUGCGUUUUGAGACUAACAAAUGUGGUGGGCAGUGCCCUCCAAGCGGCCGGAAUCGCCUGAUGAUCCAUAUGUCAUGAUAUAUCAAAGUUGCCCCCACUAACUUUCGGUUUUCUGAUCAAUGUUGUAUGCCUCGAAAGUUCCCAAUAUAUUACUCGCCUUUCGUUUUAUUA